GCAUGCUCGGCAAGUGGGAAUAUUUUCUUCGGUAGAUGAGUAAAAUACAGGAUAACACCUUGGAUUUCGAUCACUCAUUUCUAAUUUUAGCCAAGUUGAACGUGUAUUUAAAAAAAAAUCUAAUUUAAUUUAUUGAUCAUAUUUUUUUUUCCAGAAAUAGUAUAGAUCACUUACAAAGCUGUAAUUCCCGAGCUACGCGAACGCAACAUCGACGUUAGCUAACGGCUAACACCGCAAUGGACAAUGGUCCUUGUCUGUGCUCUCCUGUCAGCCUGGAGGAAAACGGACUGCCGGGCAGCGGCAGCUCCUGCGCCGACGACGAGCUGGUGGACGCUUUCGGAGACCUGGCCGCCCUCCCGGUCGAAGUUGAGGAAAGAAGACCGACCUGUUUGCGCUGCCGUCGCCCUCAGAAGGUGUGUCUCUGUCCCUUUCUCCCGCAACAACCGCUGGAGGUGUCCACGCGUCUGUACGUGGUGCAGCAUCCCGCAGAGGAAAGCCGAGUGCUUCGGACUGUGCCUCUUCUAGCUGCGUGCUUGCCACAAGGAAAAUGCGACGUUAUAGUAGGAAGGAGGUUUAAUGAAGAAAAGCAUCCGGAGCUAGCUGCUGUGUGUCGGGAUGACAGAACUCUCAUAUUGUACCCCGGACCUAAAUCCCAGAACCUGGAGGAGCUGGUGCAACGCCAGGAGAUCGCCGCGGUGAAACACAACGUGAUCAUUAUAGACGGCACGUGGAGCCAGGCCAAAAACAUGUUCCUGAAGAACAGCAUGUUCCACUUGCCCAAACAGGUGCAGCUUAACAGGAUGCUGUCCAGCCAGUAUGUGAUCCGCACCCAACCCACCAACAUCUGCCUGUCCACGCUGGAAUGUGCUGCUGUGGCUUUGUCCAUCCUGGAGCAGAAGGAAGAGAUCCAAGAGAUAUUGCUGAGGCCUCUAAAAGCCCUGUGCUCCUUCCAGCUACAGCACGGCGCUCAGAUUCAUCACAGCAAAGAGCAUCUCCUCAGGAACGGCAUGUACGACAAACCCAUGCCGAAAAACAAACGCAAGAUCAAGAGGAUGGAGAAACUGAUGACUGACCACAGCAUCUGUCCAAGAUGAGGACAAGAUUGAUGACUGAGCAGAGAAGGGUCUUGGAAUGCCUUUACACAGUUUGUUCAACUGCAUGCAGAUAACUGCAUCAUCUGCGUGCAAAUAACUGGACUUUUGUUUCAUUUGUUUCUUUUUUUGCAAUACUUUUUUGUUCAGUUUAAUUUAUAUACUUGUUAAUAGUUUUAAAUAAACGACUAGCAUUCUACUUAGUGUUGUAUGUUACAGCAAAUCAGUCAUUUUUUUUCUUCUAGAAAUUGUAUUUGGUUCUCUACUAAAAUAUUAUUUAAAACAAGCUGGUUAAUGCUGUUGUGUAUAGUGGUACUCUCUCCUCUAUAAGGGCUGAUUUAUUUAUUUUUUAUUCAAAACAAAGUCUUAAAAAAAUAAACGUAUUUAAAGCCAACAAUUACCAAAGCUGUACAAAUGUUCGUCAUCUUUAGUGGUCAGUUUACUGACUGAAAAUGUAAAUGGAUCACUUGUAAAUAAACCCUGUUUGACCUUCAAAAACACAUU